AGAUUUUUAGCCAUGUGUUUACUAGGUUUUAUUUAUUAUUGAGUUUUAUCGAGAAAAAAACAUAGAGUGUAACUGCAAGCUGUGACAAUUUCUUCUGUGUUGCCAUAAGAGUCGUUUCAAGGAAACUGUGAUAAAAGUGCCAAAAUGUCAGUAGAAGAUCCAUUUUUUGUUGUGAAAAGCGAGGUAGAAAAAUCCAUAAACAAUUGUCGGGAAUUGCACUCCCGGUGGCGAGACAUGCUAAACGAGACGAAAUCAAUGAAGCGUGGAGACUACGAUAAAGUUAGCAACGAUUUACGAAACGGGCUCCGAAGCAUUGAGUGGGAUUUAGAAGAUUUAGACGAAACAAUUGGCAUCGUCGAAUGCAACCCCGCCAAGUUCCGAAUAGACGGAUCUGAGUUGUCUGCUCGACGAGAUUUUAUCUCAGCCACCAGAAACCGAAUCGUGGAAAUGAAAAACGAACUAAAUGACCCCCAGGCUAAAGCAAAAGCUGAUAAACUCUUAAGAAAUAACCUUCUUCAAAAUGGUUUAAACCAUAAAAAAGACAAAGACAGAUAUUCUAGACUCCAUAUUGCCAACGAAAACGAAAACAAUGCAUUUAUAGAUGACCACCAGCAAAAACAACAGGUAUAUAAUAUGCCUCGCUGCAUUACAAUAACAUUAAUCUAUUUUAAACUCAUUUCGACACACUUUGUAUGCCACUUUACAUAACAAUGCUAAUAAUUA